AGCGUUCCGCUCACUAGUAAACUCGACCCUCAUCUUAAAGAUCAGGCACCUCUUCCCCCUAGCAAUCAUUUAAAGGGUCAUCGCCACUAAAGGAAGGAGAUUUAAGUCGUAGGUACCGACUCUAUGCGCCACUAAGGAUUUCAUUCAACUGCAAUCAUUUUCUCUGAGGGAUACAACGAUUUUUUUUCUCUCUCCAGUUUUGUUGGCUAAAUUGUGCCUAUAAGUGAUCUUUAAAUACAUUUUGAAAUGUUAGAGCGCCAGGACAGUGGGGUGAAGAUGCCAUCAGCCCAAAGAAUUUCUUUCUCUGUUCUUGACAUCCUCGAUCCGAACAAGUUCACCAGUAAAAAACAAAUAGGCUUUUCUCCGGAGGCUGCAAAUGUUUCACUGAAGUUUUUCCAUGGAAGGCUCAAAACUGGGUUUGCAGACAAUGGAUCUUUGCAACGGGGACAGGGACUUGCAAGUGGAUUCCUUGAAGCUGAUUCUGAAAAUGAAUAUCUAGAAAAGAAAGAGCUAAAGUUGUUCUUAGUACUGUAUAACUAUUAUCUAACACAUAAUUAUGCUUGUUUUCUUCUAGAUACUGAAUGUCUACCUAAGGAAAUACAUGAAACAUGUUUAGCCAAACAGGGAGAUGUGGUUAAUGGCUCUGAAGACAUCUCCCUGUUAACAGAAUCAGCAAAAGAAUCUAGCCAACGGAAGGAAGAGUAUGGUUAUGAAACUAAUUUUGUGACAGAAGAGAAGGAAUCAUUGAAACAAAAGAGGCGCAAGUCUGAUCACGGAUGUUCCAAGCCCAGACGGGCCAGGACAGCAUUCACCUAUGAACAGCUGGUGGCCCUAGAGAACAAAUUUCGCUCAACCCGCUAUUUAUCUGUAUGUGAACGCCUGAACCUUGCCCUUUCGCUCAGCCUUACCGAAACUCAAGUCAAAAUCUGGUUUCAAAACCGCAGGACCAAGUGGAAGAAACAAAAUCCUGGUGCUGACAACACAAUUCAGUCUGGCAAUGGCUCUUCUGCAGGUAUUAGAGACAGUCCCACUCCUCCCGGUCCUAGUGGACUAAAUUUCCAAAGUUUUCCAGCCUUCACACCGGGAAAUAUGGUCUUUCAUAGUUCCAGCACACUUUCACUGCCAUCCACUGGAAGUCUACUCAAUCCCUUCUUGCAUUCUGGCUACUUACCGCCUCCAUUUUAUUCACAACAUCUAUAGACUCCAAAAAUAUUUUGUAAACCAGAAGCAUUUUAGUUAAAUUCAGGACUCAGUUUAUGUACUGUAUAUUGUGAACUUCUUGUCAUUUGGUAUACCUUUUUAUUUGUAUUCUGCAACAAAUGCAUGUACUUAAUGACACUAGUAUGCUUACAGUGAAGAGUUCAUAGCACUUUGCAAUUAGCAAGGCAAUCUCUUCUCCACUAAGCAUUUCUUUAUUAUGGUAGAAGAAUAAAAAACUUUCCAGUGCCAAGCUGCUAUAUCUGUAGAUAACCAAGACUGAGUAUUGUCAGUGGAUACCACAUACUGUACAGUAUGUCCUCUAUUUGGAAAUUAUAUGUGAAAUUGGUAGAGCAUUUAUUUAUUUCUCACACAAAUACAUCACAUACGGCUGAAAUACAGAAGGCAAAGGAGUCUAUGUCUGGUGUCUGCGCAAAGAGG